AUGGCAUCUCGUGUAUGGUUAAUCACAGGCACAACCUCCGGAUUCGGCGCCGAAUUCGUGAAGAACCUCCUUGCACGAGGCGACAAAGUCAUCGCAACAGCCCGCGAUACCUCCAAGAUCAAACACUUCUCAUCCCAAGGCGCCGCAACACUGGAAUUAGAUCUUUCAGCCGACCAAUCGGCACUGAACCAGACUAUUGAGAAAGCCAUUGAAAUUUAUGGCCAGAUAGACGUCGUUGUAAAUAAUGCUGGGUAUUCACAUUUUGGAAUUUUUGAGGAUGAAAGUUAUGAAAAUACUAUGAAACAAUAUCAAACCCAUGUUUUCGGCACCAUGGGAGUGGCUCGAGCCUGUCUCCCGCACUUCCGCAGCCGAAAAGCAGGGACAUUCGUUUUCCUCGGCUCCAUUGCAGCAUGGGGUGGAAUGCCGGCACUCAGUUCUUACUGCGGCUCGAAAGCUGCACUACGAACAAGUGUAGAGACUUUCCAAGCAGAAACCCAAUCCCUAGGAAUCAGGACCCUACUCGUCGAGCCCGGCUUCUUCCGCACCGAACUCCUGAACUCGAACAACGCACGUUAUGCCGAAACCAACAUCGACGACUACAAACCGCUCACGGAAGGGCUUUUCAAGCAAUUCAAGCAAUAUCACCAACAACAACCUGGAGAUCCCGCCAAGGGCGUUCAGAGAAUCAUUGACGUGGUCAAAGGAGAGGGUGAAGCUGCCGGGAAAGAUUUCCCUACUACGUUGGCGCUGGGCCCAGAUGCUGUAGACGCGAUUCGCAAGAAAUGUAAUGAUACCUUGAAGUUGCUUGAGGAGUGGGAAAGCUUGUCUUCGAGUACGAAUUUCGAUUAG